UGUUGGGGAAUUUUCAAGAUGGCGCCGGACUGUGAUAGGAAUGCCGCUGCAGCAAAAAGCUGAUCGUUUCGGGGUUUAGUUUAUCCUCCGCCUCCGGGAGUCUUCGCUCCCACGGGUGAGGAAAACAUUUCUGGAUUCAGAGGCCGGAGAUGAUUCACCUCCCCGCGCUGCGCGUCAGCUAACGCUGAAAUAGUGCCGGUUAAGAUGGUAGCCCCGUCCUCGGAGAACGACACAACCAGCCACUGCGGAGCUCGGCCGUCGGGGCCGGACGACUCGUCGCAGGGAUUUCUCGCGGGGUCUGAGGCACGCCUGACGGACUGAGAGGUCAUGGAGGUGACGGAGAAGAACGGAGGCUCGUUUGGGGUCGACUGUAAUGAGGAAGAGGAGACGGCGGGAGGGCCAGGCGGAGCGGGGAGGCUGUGUCGCUCCGGGCUGCUUGCCGGUGUCAGCGGGGGUCAGGAAGCUGCUAAGCCCACAGCUUAUGCGACCGAGAACGGGAGGAAUGUAAACAGAGACCCCUCCCUGCAGCCAGCUAAGAUCAUGCUGGACCUGGCGGAGCGGCUUCUGCCGGGACAGCUGAUCGACACCUGCGUGAUUUCGGGGGUUUGUGGAGGCCAGAACGGAUUUAGUGAGACCACCGGUCUAGAGGAGCCGCUGGAAGGAGUUCACGGCGAAAGAGGAGAAGAGCGCACGGACACUUCCCCCGCAGCUUCACUCGUGGACCGAGACCAACAGGUCCAGAACCCCGCAGCAGGGAGCAGAGGGGAGUCCCUGGAAAGGAGCUACAUCCGGGCUUCUGAUCCCCUCGAUCGACCCGCGUGCGCGCGGAUGCACCCGGACUGCACUGCGGUCAGCAUGUCCAACGGGGACGCUGACUGUCACGGGGGGGUCAGCGGGGAUUGCAAACCGGUUCUGGGUCACCGACACGCUUCGCAGCCGUGGGGGCUAAAGGUAGCUAACGGCGGUUUGCAUCUUCUGGGCAUACUGCCGGAAUCCGGGCGGAGGCACCCUCCGUCCCCGGGGGAAGACGCUCCAUCCGCGACAGAGCUCACUCACGGGCUCGGUCUCUGCAGGGAGCCCCCCUCCCCGGAAGCCGGAGACAAACUCCCCUCACCCAGCCCCUCCACCCUGUCAGAUCCACGCAGUGACAGCCCGCUGUCUGAGCCCCCCAUCCCGGAGGAAGAGGAGGAGGAAGACGGGGAGCCCGCUUACCUGCGGGCCCCCAUCAGGCCGCAGAGUCUGAGGACUAACCCCAACCUCGCGGUGUCCCUCAGCUGCGACGCCACCCCGCUGUCCCCGGAGGAGGAUGGGGGCUUUUAUUUUGAAAAUGAGGUGUCGGAGGAGUACCUGCGGAAUGUUCUGGAGGGGGGGCGGCGGCAGAGCGCCCCGGACAAUCUGCCGGACCUGAGCGAGGGCGCCGGUACCGAGCACAAGCUGCUACCGAAGAGGUUCGGCAUCGCAGAUUUCUUCACCAGGAGCCUGUUUUCUAGGAAAUCCAAAGAGCCUAAGGCAGCAUCCCACAAUGCAUCAGGGUGGCGACUGUUUGGAAAGACGGCAGCGAGAGAGGAUGAUCAAAGCCCAGACCUUUGCUCUGCCGCGACGAUGCAGCAGCAGGAAGAAGAGAAUGACUCUCCAUCUUCUCAGCCCCCCCUGGCGGCAGGACGGAGGAAGAAUCUGGACUUUGAGCCUCUGUCCACCACAGCUCUCAUUUUGGAGGACCGGCCCUCCAACCUGCCAGCCAAGUCCAUGGAGGAAACUCAGAGGCACAAGCAGGAGUACGAGGAGAUGGUAGCAGGAGCCAAGAGGAGAGAGAUGAAAGAAGCUCAGAGGAAGAAGCGUCAGAUGAAGGAGCGCCACAGACAGGAGGACAGCAUCUCCAACGCCAUGGUGGUGUGGAACACCGAGAUCCUGCCGCACUGGGACAGCAUGAAGGCAACUCGACGCGUCCGGGAGCUUUGGUGGCAGGGGCUUCCUCCCAGCGUCAGAGGAAGAGUGUGGAGCCUCGCCAUCGGCAACGAGCUGAACAUCACACCAGAACUCUAUGAGAUCUUCCUGUCCAGAGCCAAAGAGAAGUGGAGAAGUUACAGUGAGACCAGUUCAGUCAACGACAGCGAGAGCGAUGGAGGAGCGUCUCUGGCCGACAGGGAGUCCAGCUUGGACCUCAUCAAACUGGACAUUUCCAGAACAUUCCCCUCCCUCUUCAUCUUCCAGAAGGGCGGUCCGUACCACGACCUCCUCCACAGCGUGCUGGGAGCUUACACCUGUUACAGACCCGACAUCGGCUAUGUUCAGGGCAUGUCCUUCAUCGCUGCUGUGCUCAUCCUCAACCUGGAGGAGGCCGAAGCCUUCAUCACCUUCGCCAACCUGCUCAACAAACCCUGUCAGAUGGCCUUCUUCAGAGUCGACCACGACCUGAUGCUGAAGUAUUUUGCAGCCUUUGAGAUUUUCUUUGAGGAGAAUCUUCCUCGUCUGUUCAGUCACUUCCAGACCAGCAGCCUCACGCCGGACCUGUACCUGAUUGACUGGAUCUUCACCCUGUACAGCAAGUCGCUUCCUCUGGACGUGGCCUGUCGGGUGUGGGACGUCUUCUGCCGGGACGGCGAGGAGAGCCUGUUCCGGACGGGGCUGGGGAUCCUGCGUCUGUACGAGGAGGUCCUGCUGCAGAUGGACUUCAUCCACAUCGCCCAGUUCCUCAGCCGCCUGCCGGACGACCUGCAGCCGCACACGCUCUUCAGCGCCAUGGCCAACACGCACAUGAUCAGCAGGAACCGCCGCUGGGCGCAGGUGUUUUCUGCUCUGAUGAAGGAUGGAAACAAGGAGGCGGAGAAAGGCGGCAGCCCGGCUCUGAGGAGCUAACACCUGCUCCCCCAUCUGAACAUUUUCAAAGUGGUUGUUGGUUUAACUCCAGCAAGAUUGUCAGUAUUUCCCCACACAUGAAGUCAGAGUCUUCUGCCUCCAUGUUGGGAACCCCUCCCUAAAGACUUCUCUGUAGGUGCUAAAGGUUUUCUAACGGCUUCAACUUUAUGGUUUGAUCUUCUGCUCCCCCAGUACCCACUAGACUCACCAGCCAGCUCCAUUCAAGUGGUUCCAGCUGAGGAGGAUCUCCAUCAGAGCGAGGAUGAAGAACUGACUUUUUUUUUUAUAGUCUGAGCCAACAGGAAGCGUAAGGAACCGCCACUCCCAGCACUUUAAUCAGACGGGCGCCCCCUGUCUGCGGUCAGAAGGAAGUGAACUCAACAAAACGUCAAACUUCGGCCCCAAUCACCAAAGAUCGAUCCGCAGAAGAUCCGGCACACCAAUAUGAAGAAUCUUCUCCACCAGAUCUCACACUCCUGUUCAUUCCACAGUUCACCUCCUUCUUUCCAAACUUAUCAGGAAUCACAGAAAAAAGUUUCCUUUCCAGAGUCUUCAGAUGAAACCUGCAGCACUUAUCUGAUCAUGAGCAUUUGAGUGUUUCACAAUAAAAGCUUGUUUCCAAAAAGGAGCUCAACCUUUUAGGGUAGAAAGCAGUUUUUUUUGUGCACCAAGAACCUUCAAGAAAUAAAAAGUUUCUGAUUUGAAUCAUUGAAAAAACAGGAAGUGUUUUUUUUCAAGGGAGAAUCCACCUUAGUGUUGAAAGUGUUCUGAUUUUUCACAAAAUAUUCAUUUCACCUCCAAGCCACAUUAAAUGUUUAUUUUUUUUUACUUUUAUUAACUUUUCAAACUCUUACCAUUUUUAAGGACGGAGCUGUUAAAAAUGAGCUUCUUGGAGAAUUAAAACUGUUUUUUUGUCCCUAAAAUAAUGAAAACAAAAAACAUUUACCUUCAUAUAAUAGUCCAAUCAAGCAGAAAAUUUGGAGUAUUUUUCUUGGAGGCUCAGGGAUUUUCACUUUAACGUCAUAAAAGUGUUUCUGACCUCCUUCCUUGUGACUCCGCCCACUCUCGAGUGAAACCAGCAACUUUUUUUUGAGGUUUUGGAUUGAAAAGCCUCUGUUGUCACUCAAAGUUGCGUGUUUGUCUCAACAUAAAUCUUUUGUUUUGGUAAAACGCAUUGAAACGUCUGUAAACAAACAAGUUUACAGAGGAAACGUUGAAUUUUCAAAAUAAAACUGCACCAUUAUGUUCUUUGCCUCCUACACUUUUGCAUCAUGGAUUAGUUUAAGCUUCUGUGUGAGGACGAUAACGGUGCUGCAGCAAAGUCGCAUUUCAUCUUCAGUAUUAGAAAACAAACUGGAGGAGAGAGCUCCUCUCUGAUUGGAGACUUCAGCUUCACUGAUCUGAGUCUGCAGGACACUACGCCGCAAUAGAUGUGUUUUCAGAGCCCAAUCUGCUCUGUUUCUACAUUUUUCCCUAGUGUUCCUGUUUGAAAUAAAGACUUUAUCAAGUAAAAGAAUUGGAAGUUUUCUAAACAAAGUCAGUGUUGGACUCUUGUCUGCAGCGGUUAAGUGCAAUAUUAUUAUUGGCAGGUGUUGCCUACAGAGCCCUUUAUGAUUACCCAGAAUCCUCAGUUGAAAUACUCCUUGUACACUAAAACCAACUAACCUGUAGAGAUCAGAUGAGAUUAACAGAGUUUGCUUCAAACAUUCUUAUUUAAAUUUUUGUUACUGCUUCCUGUAAAUCUGUGUAGUUUUUUUUUCUUUCUUCUGUCUCGUUUUUCUGGACUAACUUCAGUGUACAGUUCUUUUCAUGAUGCCUUACAGUUGAUGUAAAUAAACUGUAUAAAUGUUCUGUCUUUUCAUAUAACAGCCACUAGUUUGAUGUGUAAAUAAAUGCCUCUUCAAACGAC